ACCUCUUUUAUUUCCAAUUACCAAUGUCCCAGCAGAUCCAUAUGUUAUAUUCUUCGUUACCAAAUAGAUUAUCGUUUUCAAGUGGAGCUCAAUAUUUCUCAGUAAAGAUUAUCCUUUCUGUUAUUUAAGCAUUCCGAUUUUCAUUAUCUUAUAAGUUUGCUUCUAUUUCCAUUUUUUUCCCAGAUAUUAUUGGAGAAAUUGUUGGUAUGAGUCAGAUUACUGAGAAAGAUUGUUCUAGACAAAAGUCAAAGCUGUUGGAUAUUCAGGUACGAGAUCUAAGUGACACUAUCAUGGAGUGUAUUUUAUGGGAGAAUCACACUGAAGAUGUAUAUUCCUAUGUUACCAAAAAAAACUGCAGGUCCUAUAAUAUUACUUGGGAGUCUUAUGAGGAUUAAAAAAUCUAAUGUGACACUAUCAUGGAGUGUAUUUUAUGGGAGAAUCACAGUAAAAAUGUAUAUUCCUAUGUUACCAAAAAAAACUGCAGGUCCUAUAAUAUUACUUGGGAAUCUUACGAGGAUCAAAAAAUUUAAUGGUAAAGUAUCUGUUCAAAAUUCUAGAUUCUCUACAAAGUUGUUUCUUGAUGGAGACCUAUCUGAAAUUGCUGAAUUUAAAAUGCAGCUGGGCAAUAGGGACUCAAAUGAUGUUCAUAGAGUUUCUCAACUCAUGACACCUGAUUUGAGCAACAAAGUUGAAGAUUCUUUUCCAUUAAGUAGCUGGGAAUCUAUUGAUCAGAUUACUAAAACUUCUCAGGAAAAUACUUGCGUUACUUUUGCAAGAAUUUUGGAAUUUUGAAAAGACAUUGAGUUUACCUAGAGCAGGGUUUACUCACGGCCAACUUUGCGUCGCCGUGUCAAGAGUCAAAAGCAGAAGAGGUCUGAAGAUCCUAAUUGUUGAUGAGGAUGGGAACAGAGAUACAAAAACAACAAAUGUUGUUUUUAAGGAGAUUUUCCAACAGAUUAGAUAAUUGAUGACUCAUAUGUAGGUACUACAUUAUUUUCUCUUUAUUCAUAUUACUCUUAUUAAUAUAACAGAAAUUAUUGGACCUAUAAACUUACAUUGUUAUACAUUUAUCUAACUGUCAAUUUCAUGUUUUUCAUGUUUAAGGAGAAUGGCCGUCGAAUCUUGCAAAUCAACAUCAAGUGUGUUUAUGGCUUAUCCUUUAUCUUAUUUUAUUUUAGCUUUUGUUAUGUUUUACAACUUAAAUUUAAUUUUCCAGUUACAUGAAUAGUAGGAUCAAACUAAAUGUCCUACUUUGUAGUGUUAAAUGUAUAUAUUUUCGUUAUUCUUUUUUAAUAUUAAUGAUGUAAUGAUAGUGUUUUUUCACAUCAAAGAAGGUGUAUAGUUAAAAAAAAAAUAUAUGUGCCCAAUACUCUUUGUUAUGGCCUCUGUUUUUUAUGCCUCUGCUAAUUCAGUUGUGGGAUGUUUGAGAUAAAUAUUUAAUUAAGAUACCAAAAAAAAAAACAAAAAGUUCCUAUAACCAAAAUCCCGUAAUUUUCUAACACUAACACCACUACGUACAAGCAAAGAUCAUGGCAAGAUUUAUUCUCCUAUUUAACUUCAGGUUAG